AUGACACGAUACAUCCUGGGAGCACUAAUAGGGUCAGGAACUUAUGGCGAGGUAUACGAAGCAAUCGACACAGAAACAAAGGAAAAAGUUGCCUUGAAAAGAAUAAGACUCAAUGAAAAGGAGGGAAUGCCAGGAACCGCCUUGAGAGAGAUAUCAAUCCUGAAAAAGCUUAGCCAUAGAAAUAUCAUAAGCCUGGUGUCCAUAAUACAUACAGAUGCACUGCUGACAAUGGUGUUUCCAUUUAUUGAUUAUGAGCUGAAGAAGUAUAUCGGGAUGAACACGGGGAAGAACAUAAUGGAGCUUGUCAACCAACUGAUAUGCGGAGUGCAUUACUUACACAGAAUGAAUGUUGUGCACAGAGACCUCAAGCCUCAAAACAUUCUUGUUACAAGCGAUGGUGUGCUAAAGAUAGCGGACUUUGGGCUGUCAAGGAGCUUGGAGAUAAGGGUGCCUCCAUACUCAAGUGAGGUUGUCACCCUGUGGUACAGAUCGCCCGAAUUGCUUAUGGGAAGCACAAGCUACAGGUUUUACGUGGACAUCUGGAGCUUAGGAUGCAUUAUCUACGAAAUGAUAACACUUGAGCCUCUCUUUCCCGGAGAGAGCAAGGAGAACCAGCUGACCCUAAUCCGAAGAAAGGCAGGGACAAGAAGAUCUCUUAGGGGCAUGGUUGAGCAGAGGCUGGCUGUUCCCAAGUUUGUGACGGAGAUCAUAGUGAGAUGCCUUGACUUCAACUACAACCAAAGGAUUACUGCAGAUGAAAUAAUGGAGAUUCUUGAGAAUGAGUAUGGAGCCUGCUAG